AUGUGCUGCCCGAUGCCGGAUUUGAACCUCAAGAAGUCAUGGAAUCCAAAGCUUCUGAAAAACAGAGAAAAGGUUUGGAAGAAGGAGCAAGCGGCUCUAGAGGAGUUUCGUAAAAUCAAGCAGAGGGAGAAAGAAAUCAAGGCAAUCAAUGAUAAGAGUGAGUUACUAGCAUUGAAUGCGGGUCAAAAUGGUAGUGAAAAACAGGACGACACAGUCACAAAAAGUGAUUACAAGACCAGUUGGAUUUAUCAGGGAUCACCCGAGGAAAGGAACACCGGAGAUGGCGUUGGAGCUGGCGCUGGAGAUGGUGCUGGAGAUGGUGCUGGAGAUGACUUUAUGUUAGGAAGAAAAAGAUUGGACGAACUACUGAAGCCGAAAGUGAAUAAUAAACGGGCUGUGGCUACGAGUCGAAUGGAUAGAGUAUUGGAUCUUGAGAAUAGAGAGAAACAGAGCGAGGGCUCUGCAGUUAUCGAUAAGGAGGAUCCGAUGUAUAUGAUACAGGUUGCGAUGAAGAAGAAUAAGAAAAGAGAGGCUUCUAAUCGUCAUCACCUUCACCACCACAACCACCACCACCAAAAAGAACGUGGUAUUCGAAAAAAAGAGGCUAAAUGA